UGAAUUCUGUGAUGGUCAAGGCACACCUUUUCGUGUGACUGUCACACCAAAUGGAAGGUAAAUUGUGACAUACGGUAAAACAUGAAAUUUAAAGAUGUUUCCAAAAAUUUCUGUACUGACUCGGAGUAUUUGCUGCAUGUAUCUUGCACUUUCCACCACCAAAAUUCUCUUCAUCGCCAUCAGCUGUGAGCUCUUGCUCACAUCAGCUGGUAGUUCGAAGCUAUUUCUGAGGUGUCACAGGUCACACCCGGAUCUAAUUGCGAUACCUACAAAAAAUCACCGACAAUUGUCUAGAAUUUUGUCGUUUGAAUUCAUCAACAUAGCUAGAUGUUGGGAGAGGAGGAAAAGACACAGUGCCUGCUGAGCAGCACGUGAUGGACGCAAUAGCUACCGAGCCAUCGGUUAUGGGUGC